UUUUUUUGAAAUCGACCGUCGGAUUUUGACUGAGAUGGAGAAGAAGAGGGAAGAAGAGAGAAGAGCAAAGAGAAGAGCAGAGGAGAGGAAGAUGAAGGUGCAGAAGCAGAGAGAGACUCUCAGAUCAGCAGCAGGUGGAGUUCCACACAUCUCAGACAUGAGGAUCCUGCUGCUGGGACACAGAGAUGCUGGGAAGAGUUCAUCAGGAAACACCAUCCUGGGCAGAGAGGAGUUUGGUGUCUCAGGAAGAACAGCUGAGUGUGUGAAGAGAGAAGGAGAAACGGCAGGGAGACACAUCACUAUCGUAGAGAGAAAUACAGAAGAGGAGUACAGGGACACAUGGAGCUGCUGGGUGAGAGAGUCUGGAGUCACACUAUAGUGCUGUUCACCAAAGGGGACUUGUUGGGAGACACAACCAUCGAGCAGCACAUUGAGAGUGGAGGAGAGGCUCUGCAGUGGGUUGUAGAGAAAUGUGGCAACAGGUAUCAUGUUGUAGACAAUAAGAAGAGGGAUCGUGGCCAGGUGACAGAGCUGCUGGAGAAGAUAGAAGAGAUGGUGGCUGGAAAUAGAGGCCAUCAGUUUGACUUUGAUGCAGAAAUAUGUAAAGCACUGCAAGAGAAGAAGAGAGAAGAAGAGAGAAGAGCAGAGGAGAGGAAGAUGAAGGUGCAGAAGCAGAGACAGACUCUCAGAUCAGCAGCAGGUGGAGUUCCACACAUCUCACACAUGAGGAUCGUGCUGCUGGGAAGUAAAGAACUUGGGAAGAGUUCAUCAGGAAACACCAUCCUGGGCAGAGAGGAGUUUGGUGUCUCAGGAAGAACAGCUGAGUGUGUGAAGAGAGAAGGAGAAACAUCAGGGAGACACAUUACUGUAGUGGAUGCACCAGGAUGGUGGAAUAACUACACUGUAGAGCAAACUUCUGAACGUGACAAACAAAUGAUUGUCCUCAGUGUGUUUCUGUGUCCUCCAGGACCCCAUGCUCUACUGCUGAACAUUGAUGUGAGUAUGUCAUUAAGAGAGAACCACAGAAGAGCAGUGCAGCAACACAUGGAACUGCUGGGUGAGAGAGUCUGGAGUCACACUAUAGUGCUGUUCACCAAAGGGGACUUGUUGGGAGACACAACCAUUGAGCAGUACAUUGAGAGUGGAGGAGAGGCUCUGCAGUGGGUUGUAGAGAAAUGUGGGAACAGGUAUCAUGUUGUAGACAAUAAGAAGAGGGAUCGUGGCCAGGUGACAGAGCUGCUGGAGAAGAUAGAAGAGAUGGUGGCUGGAAAUAGAGGCCAUCAGUUUGACUUUGAUGCAGAAAUAUGUAAAGCACUGCAAGAGAAGAAGAGAGAAGAAGAGAGAAGAGCAGAGGAGAGGAAGAUGAAGGUGCAGAAGCAGAGACAGACUCUCAGAUCAGCAGCAGGUGGAGUUCCACACAUCUCAGACAUGAGGAUCCUGCUGCUGGGACACAGAGAUGCUGGGAAGAGUUCAUCAGGAAACACCAUCCUGGGCAGAGAGGAGUUUGGUGUCUCAGGAAGAACAGCUGAGUGUGUGAAGAGAGAAGGAGAAACGGCAGGGAGACACAUCACUAUCGUAGAGGCACCAGGGUGGUGGUAUAACUACACUGUAGAGCUAACUCCUGAACAUCAUAAACGAGGGAUUGUCCUCAGUGUGUUUCUGUGUCCGCCAGGACCCCAUGCUCUACUCCUGCUCAUUAAUGCGAGUAUGUCAUUUACAGAGAAAUACAGAAGAGGAGUACAGGGACACAUGGAGCUGCUGGGUGAGAGAGUCUGGAGUCACACUAUAGUGCUGUUCACCAAAGGGGACUUGUUGGGAGACACAACCAUCGAGCAGCACAUUGAGAGUGGAGGAGAGGCUCUGCAGUGGGUUGUAGAGAAAUGUGGCAACAGGUAUCAUGUUGUAGACAAUAAGAAGAGGGAUCGUGGCCAGGUGACAGAGCUGCUGGAGAAGAUAGAAGAGAUGGUGGCUGGAAAUAGAGGCCAUCAGUUUGACUUUGAUGCAGAAAUAUGUAAAGCACUGCAAGAGAAGAAGAGAGAAGAAGAGAGAAGAGCAGAGGAGAGGAAGAUGAAGGUGCAGAAGCAGAGACAGACUCUCAGAUCAGCAGCAGGUGGAGUUCCACACAUCUCACACAUGAGGAUCGUGCUGCUGGGAAGUAAAGAACUUGGGAAGAGUUCAUCAGGAAACACCAUCCUGGGCAGAGAGGAGUUUGGUGUCUCAGGAAGAACAGCUGAGUGUGUGAAGAGAGAAGGAGAAACAUCAGGGAGACACAUUACUGUAGUGGAUGCACCAGGAUGGUGGAAUAACUACACUGUAGAGCAAACUUCUGAACGUGACAAACAAAUGAUUGUCCUCAGUGUGUUUCUGUGUCCUCCAGGACCCCAUGCUCUACUGCUGAACAUUGAUGUGAGUAUGUCAUUAAGAGAGAACCACAGAAGAGCAGUGCAGCAACACAUGGAACUGCUGGGUGAGAGAGUCUGGAGUCACACUAUAGUGCUGUUCACCAAAGGGGACUUGUUGGGAGACACAACCAUUGAGCAGUACAUUGAGAGUGGAGGAGAGGCUCUGCAGUGGGUUGUAGAGAAAUGUGGGAACAGGUAUCAUGUUGUAGACAAUAAGAAGAGGGAUCGUGGCCAGGUGACAGAGCUGCUGGAGAAGAUAGAAGAGAUGGUGAUGAGAAACAGUGGAGAAUGGAGUAUGGAUGAACCUCUUGAGUUUAGUGAAGUCCUACCUGAUGACUACUCAACUGGAGAUUCUGCACAUGGCUCCACUAAACCAACACCUAAACCUGAGCUCAUAAAGGCCUUUAAGCAGCUCAGCACUGCUGCCUCUACUCAGAGCUCUGGGUUUGGCUCAGCUGAGACAGGGGAGAGGAGUGGAUCUGCUGAGGAGUCAUUCAGUCUGAUCCCACCAAUCAGAGGAGACGGAGGAGGCAACACAAAAGGGGCCACAGCAGCACAACAGAAGACUCCGCUGAGACCAACACAUGGAACAACACUUACUGCUAAGAGCAGAGAUUACCCAGUGACAAAUCCUUUUGUGGAUGAAACUACAAUUGGAGUAGACUAUACAGAAUGCAUUGGACAUGGCUCUUAUGGAAAAGUGUACAGGGGAUCUUAUCAGGGAACACCUGCUGCUGUAAAGAUUAUACCAACAGGAGACAAUUCAGUGACUACAAACGAAUUCAUCAUACCUGGGCGUUUGUCUCACUCCAACAUUGUGCGGAUUCUGGCAGUAGCCAAAAGUGAGACACAGAUCCUCAUUGCUAAUGAGUACAUCCAUGGUGCUAACCUGCAGCAGAUUCUUUUUACAGACACUCCAAUUGAGUUGCAGCUCGAAGAUAAGCUGUUUGUGGCUUUAGAUAUUGCCAUGGCUGUUGAGUACAUACAUGGAAGAAAGAUCAUUCACCAAGAUCUCAAGCCAGCAAAUAUAAUGAUUACAGCAGAUAACAAAAAGGCCCAUCUGACUGAUUGGGGCUUGGCGAACGUGAAGGAAACUGUAUCCAUGACGAAAGGAAGCUGUGGCCCACUGGGUGGGACCCCUCCCUACAUGGCCCCAGAGUGUCUUGUGAAGUGUGAGAACUGCAGCACCAUGUCCGACAUGUGGUCUCUUGGCAUCACUCUUCUGGAGAUGUUCACAAACUCUAAGCCCUGGUCAAACAGUAACCCGCAAGAGCUGCGUAAGCUUCUUCUUAAAAAAAACCCUCCUCAGGCUCUGUCUAAAUUACAGCCUGCUCUUCAUGACAUUGUGAAACCACUGAUCAAAUAUAAACCCAAGUCUCGCAAAAAUGCCAAAGACCUGGUGAUACUGUUGAAGUCAAAGGUUGAUGUCACCAAAAGAUAUGGAUUCAAAUGGUAACGCAAAUUAGGUCUACUAGUGAAAGAUUAAGAGAUAAUUUCCCAGCUGUUGUAUAUGUAGACUAUUAUUACUGAUUGUGUAUUGAAUGAAGUUUGAUGACUGUUAAUAUGAACAUGUAUUACUUUACUCCGUCAUGCAUGACUGACUGACCUCACUGCAGCCAUGUUUAAGAGUCAAUGUUAAAUAGUGUUAAUGAAAGGCUCAUAUGGCAAAUGUAUCUUAACUGCAUUUCCAAGAAAAUGGCAAUGGUGAUGUGGCCCUGACCACUGAGCUGGUCUUGCUAUAGGCCUUGAGCUGGUUAAGCCCUGUUGAAAGCCAGCUCACUACAAUAUAUACACUUCAGGAGCUACUGUAAGUUCAAGCACCAGGCUUGGCCCAUGGUGUAAAUGGGACCAAUAAUUUAAAGGACAUACCGGUACACAACAGAGAGUUAUGCCACAGGCCUAUAGGAAGAAGGUCAGAUCUCUUGUGUGACUAAUAUGGAACAUUUUCCCACAGUAUAUAAUUAUGAAAACAAGAGUUUGUUAAAAUGACCUUCCUCCAGAUGUAAAUUAAGUGCUGGACUUCUGAUGAAGUCUACUGCUGAGUGUUGGUGGCAAAUGAUACAAGUUCCUCAGUUCAGUACCAUGAAGCCAAACGGAGCAUAGAGAGCAAUGAGUACAGUUGAAUGCUGGACAAUCAAUCAUGAUUCAUAGCCCAGGCAGGGGAAGGGUUGGUGGGCUGUCUUGACUGGUUUUGGCGUAGCUGACCUGAUGAGAAAAAGAUGACUCAGCCUACAUUUACAGGUCAUAGAUAUCUAUUUGUUUAUAUUUUAUGAUAAUAGAUGGAGUAGUUUUCUCUUCUUUUUUAUGUGUUCUGACGUCUUAGUCUACCUGUAAAUUAUACUGCACAAUGGAUAUCCGAUUUUUGCAAAUAAGUUGAACAAAAAGGCAAAGGUCUCCUUUUUUAUAUGAUGUGGAAAUAUUUUUGGUUCUGUAGAUGGGUGUGCGUACGAUAGCAUUCAUUCCAGCAGGCGCCCCUGUUAGUACCCAUUUAGUGCUAAGGGGAUACCCAAUUAAUCCAAUACUGAUGAAAUGGAUCGUGUCCUACCUGCCACAACAACGGUAUUGUAAGUCAAUGCAGCAUGAAAAUGACUUUGAAGCCUUUAUUUUAAGACUAAAUAACUACAUUGUAUUGCUUUAAAGUCCAGUGGCUCUUAAUGACAAAUGAGCUGUAAGUGAAACUUCAUCAUUCCUUAGUAGG